CGUAUAGACGUGUCAGUGUUUCCCAGCAGGGCUAGGCAGUGCAGUGACAGCACGUAGACCGAGCAGGUGAGCAAAAAGGAAGGAGAGCUCUUGUGGUUUUUAACGAAUUUUAUGACAACUGUUCUAUAACGAUAUCCGUUUCAGCGCAAUUUAAACAUUUAAAAACUUAGUCUAAAAGUGAAAUGUGUUUAUAUAUAAAUGUGUGUAUAUAUAUAUAUAUAAUUUUUUUUUUUUAAAUUUUAUUACUUAUUUAUUUUUUCUAUGCAGAAACAUUUUUCAUAACAUAUUCAACAGGAUAAAGUUAUGUUAGUUUUUGGUAUAGGACUUUUAUUUAUUUAUAUAUAUAUAUAUAUAUGUGUGUUUUUGUUUUUAUUUUACUUUUAGAAUGUUGAUGCAAGUUUGUCAAUCACAUAGAAACAUAGAAUGUGACAGCAGUCUGCCCAACAUUUUUAUUGAGCGGUAAGGAUGGUUAAAGGCGAAAAAAACAUGUACAAUUAUAUACAGUAGUUACCAGUGGUACCUCGGUUUACAAACGCCUCGGUUAAUAUAAUUUUCGGUUUACAAUUUUUUUUUGCAAUACAAAGAAAGUUUCACCAGGAUGCAUUGCACCUGGGAGGUUUAUAGCACCGCCCCCGUGCAUGCUGGACCCUGUGGGUAGCACGUGGCAUUGAGUGUGGAGGUGUUGGAGCGGCUUUUGCAUUGAGAUUUGACGUCAUUCUGGAAAAAUUUUGCAGCUGUUUUGGGACUUUUUUGAAUUUUUGGGGUGCAUUUCUCAAGCAGUGGAAUGGUAGGGAACUGAGCUUUGUCGUUUUCAUGCCUUGUUAAUGUGUGUUCUGCAUUGUGGGUUGGUUUCCAUGCCAGCUCAUUUUUACUUUUUUCUGACUUCCAUAAUGGAUUAAUUUGUUUUCAAUGCAUUCCUAUAGGAAACCGCGUUUCGGUUGACAAAUUUUUCACAAUAUAAAACGACCCAUUGAACACAUUAAAUUCGUAAACCGAGGUACUACUGUAUAUGUAAGUCUAAGGAUUAAAAAGUAACUUGUACAGCUUAUUAGCCACUCAACAAUAUUUCAACAGGGUUUGCAACUGGUAAAUAUGAGAAUUCUUUUUUAUUUAUUUUUUUUUAACCGAAUUUUGAUAACCUGCACUGCAUUUGAUCCUUAGUAAUUAGCAAACUGAGAAGGGAAUGACACUAAAAUAGCCAAGCUUACUUUAGCUUAAUAGAAUCUAUGUUUAUUAUCCCUUUAUUUGUGCUAUUUCCACAAAUUCCAGAUUCCAGUUCCCUUUAGAUUGCAUUAAAUGAUGAUUUUCAAUUAAAUUUAUGUAAUCCCCGUUAAUAUGUGUAUAUGACAGAUACCAUAUGUCACUGAUGGUAUACAUUCAGUGCACACUGUCCGGCCAGCCGAUGGGGGAUUGAUUAAUAAUAAGCCCCAGGAAGUGGCAGAAUAUAAUAACCUUAUUAGCUGUCAUAGCAGUUGACAUAUCCGGGUUACCCCCAGACCAGGCUGCGGGUGGCAUGGCUCCCAUUGUCCGACAGUAGUGCCUGUCACAGUAACUCACCUGCACAGUGCCUAGCGGGGUUCAAAGUAGCAGAGCGGUGGUGCACGGGAGUUUUAGCUUGGGAGUUUUAGCCUUAGGCGUGCGGUGGUUUAAAUGUUACAGUACAGACUGCAGCUCACACCUGGCGGAGCUUCAGACUGUACUGGCUCUCUCCCAGGGCAGACGCACCUGACAAGUCUCGCUGCCCAAAUUUUCGUCAGCUUUGACCCAUUUUCGGCCAUUCCAGUACUGGUGUCACAAGGGGUUUUUGCCCUUUCAGAGCACCUUAAGAGUUGCAGAGCAGAAUUAAUGUGAGUGGAAACUGAGCUGCAAUGCCCUAACUCCUCGAACACUGUAUUCGAACCUAGGACACAAUGGGAAGCUGUUCCUGAUAUGCAACAAAUCCCACUACUUGAGGCAGCCCGAGGGGGCUCCAGUAUACAAGCUCUGUAGGCAUGUGGAUAAUGGCUUGGAUGCGACUGUAAGUGGUGUCCAAGCCCGGAAGAAGAGCAGUGAGUCAAGGCAGCAUUCUGGGUUAGCAUGGAUACAGCAACUGUUGGGGUGCGAUCGUGGCAAAAUAUGCAAUGGCAAAACAUUCGGCAGAUGGCCUCAAAUCUUGCAGAGGUGUUCCUCCACUUCUGGCCCUCUGUUGGCAGUAGAUGAGCUCCAUUGAGGCGGCCAUCUUGGAUACACCACAUUGUCUUCAAGAUUUCAUGGUUUAAUUUCAGCAGACAUGUAUGCUACCCUGCAGGUACCAGGAUAACACCCACCGGUCCGGAUUAGGGGAGGGAGGGAACGUUGCAUUGGGAGACAUUAUGCGAGUUGCUAAGGUGGGAGAUCUUCCACUUCUCCCAGCCCCCGGGCCGCCGAGAACACUAGGCAGAGCCAGACAAGGUGAGAGCCCCUCUGGCCAAGGUAACAAGCCAUUUCAUCUCAUGGAAUUGGUUUUAGUGCCUGUAGAUUCAAACCACAAGUCUAAUAUGAUAACAAGGCAUAUAAGACACAAAUAAGUCCCUUGCAUAGUUACAUAGGCUGAAAAGAGACAUUCGUCUAUCAAGUUCAGCCUUCCUCACAAUUUGUUUUUUUUGCUGUUGAACCAAAAGAAGGCAAAAAACUUCAGUUUGAAACACUUCCAAUUUUGCAACAAACUUGGGGAAAAAAAAUUCCUCCUUACCCCAGAAUGGCAGGCAGAUUUAUCCUUGGAUCAAGAAGCUAUUACGCUACAGUUGAAAAAUUAUAUAAUUGAAUAUUCUGUUUUUGCAAGUAUGCAUCUAGUUGUCGUUUAAACAUCUGUAUGAACUGUGAUAAAACCACUUCUUCAGGCAGAGAAUUCCACAUCCUUAUUGUUCUUACGGUAAAAAAAUUUUUAAUUUGCCUUAGAUAAACUCUUCUUCUUUCUUCCUGUCUAAACGCAUGACCUUGUGUCUUAUGUAAAGUCUGGUUUGUGAAUAGAUUUCCACACAAUGGUUUGUAUUGGCCCCAGGCAAAUUUUUUCUAAACUGAAGCUGUUUAAAAUUGUUAACCUUUCGUAAUAGCUAAAAUGUUCCAUUCCUUUAAUUUUGUAGUCUGCCUCUGCACUUCUUCUAGUACUGUAAUAUCCUUCUUUAGAACAGGUGCCCAAAAUUGCACAGCAUAUUCAAGAUGUGGUCUUAUCAGUGGCAAAAUGAUUGUUGGCAAAAUGAUUGCUGUCUACCAGUGCUUUAUUUUAUUUUAAUUAAGUGUUCUUGCAAGAACACUUGUUAUCUCACAUAUAUAUUAUUAUUAAGUGUUCUUGCAAGAACACUUAUUGUUAUCUCACAUAUAUAUUAUUAUUCUUAUUAAGUGUUCUUGCAAGAACACUUAUUGUUAUCUCACAUAUAUAUUAUUAUUAAGUGUUCUUGCAUAGCAAGACCACUUAAUGUUAUCUCACAUAUAUAUUAUUAUUAUUAUUAUUAUAGCAAAAUUUGCCACCCUAACUCUUCCCACAGUUUUUACACUACAUAGACCAAAAUUUACCAAAACGUGCAGAUUGUUCCCGAUCGGAUUGCUAUUACUUUGUGGAACAUUUCGCCGAAUGGUUCACGGAAUAUCGUCGUUCUUUUGGCGCAAUUUGUCCCAUAGGAAUGAAUGGCAAAGCUAGAGUGGGAGCUGGCAAAAGCUGAAAAAUCAGGACAUGAUUUCUAAACUACCACCACUCCCUUAUUUACAGGCCCACCUACACAAAUCAUAUAUCAAAACGUUCAGCUAUCCAUGCUGCCACUAAACAUGUCAACGGCUAAGCCAUAGUCCUGAUAGUUUUCACAAUAUAAUCAUUUGUUUGCAACUAACGCCGUCCAUUGACAUUCAUUGAAACUUCACUCUACAAAGCUCAAAUUUGAAGUGCAAUUUCUAAACUGCGACUGUGCCUUCAUUUUUAAUACUUCAGAGAUAUACUAUGCAUCGGAAUGUAGGACUGGGUCUUGUGAUUCUCACAAUAUAAAGCUCUUCGCUGUAAGAUUUAUAGUUUUUAAAAUACGACCGUUUGAAGAUGGCAACUGCCAAAAUACUCUGACCUGUGCCAGGCUGCAGCAGCAAGUGAUGUCAUAGACAGGGCCUUUUGAACACCUGCUAAUGUUUUCUAUAAAUGUAUGGUUUAAUGUAACUGUGCAACAACGUUGCAAUUAAAUGUGCUAUAUAAAUGAUAACAGUUACGUCGCCCACUCCAGUUGUAGACUACUGGUGGAGGCAAGAACACUUCACACAAUUUCCCCAGAAAUUGUAGCUUUUCUAGUUUAUUUUUGUUGUGCAGGUGAGUACAAAACAUAGUCAUGCACCACAACAGCGAAGAAUAAUAUGGAAACAUAGGUUGAACAGUGGCUCUGAAAACUUGCACAUUUUUUUAAAGGUAAUAUUAGUUACGUAGGUAUGUCUAAGCGAUAACCAAUUAUUUAAGAGUAAAUAUGCCUGUAGCAUCCUGACAGAUUUGGUAGACAGGGUUACACAUAUGUGUGAAAGCAAUGCUCUAGCAUAAACAUUCAUGCCCUCCUGUAACGUCUUAUCAUGCUUGCUUCUGUCCUAAACUCACAGUCUGUUAACUCACAGUUUAGUAGCUCACAGUCUGCCCUAGCGUUAUCUAGUGUUCAUAAUAUGGGCUAACAUAUAUGCAGCUGAUAGGCCCCUGACGUAGCAUUGGUUAAAACUAAACAUAUAUGCAUUAUGUGUGGAGCUAAAAAGACUCUGCUAAUCUUAAGUGGGAUCAAUAACAUAACAUUUUUAACUUGCUAUAAUUUUCUUGCGUUUGUGUCGCUGGGUUGUUUGUGGCCUCUGUUAGAGAACAUAGUGCCAACACACCAGGCUAGGGUUGAUACGCGUCUGUUGAAUAAAAUACAUAAAAUAAAUGCAAGGUAAUAAAUGAUUAUUGAGUAGAAGGGUAUCACUACCAGUGCUUUAUAAAGAGGCUACUGCUGAUUGACAUUGCACAUUGUUGCAUAGUUUGUUGUCUAUAACAAUUUCCAAGUCUCGUGUGUUGUUAUCCCUUAUUCGCUUCAAUUAAGGGUAUAAGUUGCUUGUGCAUCCUUUACGCCAAAGUGCAUAACUGCCUUUUUCUACAUUAAAUUUCAUCUUCCUUUUGAGUGCCCAGUCCCCCCGCCUAUCUAAAUCCCUCUGCAGCAAAGUAAUAUCUUGUAUUACGGUAGAGUUUGGUGUCAAAAGCAAACACUGAAACAUGACUUUCAAUGCUUUUUUUAACUUCUUGAGGACUGAACCAAAUGUACACGUUGUGAUCAAAACGUAAACAAAAACUGGAAUUUGCGCUAUACGUCUGUUCAGGCGUAAUUCACCUCUUUCAUAUUAUGUGCACCCACACUUAUUAUAUAUAAUUUUAUUCAGGGGAAACAGGGCUUUCAUUUAACAUCAAAUAUUUAGGUAUGAAACCUAAUUUAAUAUGAAUAAAAUAUAAAAAAAAUGGGGGAAAAUAAGAAUUUUUAAAAAUGUUUUAGUUCUACGUUCUACGUGACAUUCUAACUGUGAAUUUGUAUUCAGGGAUCUCUCAUGUGUAAAACAGUACCCCCUAUGUACAGGUUUUAUGAUGUUUUGGGAAAUUACAGAGUCAAAUAUAGCGUGUAAAAUUUUUCAUUUUUUUAACAUUGAAAUUUGCCAUAUUGGUUACGUUGCCUUUGAGACCGUAAGGUAGCCCAGGAAUAAGAAUUCCCCCCCUGAUGGCAUACCAUUUGCAAAAGUAGACAACCCAAGGUAUUGCAAAUGGGGUCUGUCCAGUCAUUUUUAGUAGCCACUUGGUCACAAACACUGGGCAAUGUUAGUGUUAAUAUUUGAAAAUGCAAAAAACUAAUUUGAACGCAAAUUUUUGCCAGUGUUUGUGACUAAGUGGCUACUAAAAAAGACUAAACAUACCCCAUUUGCAAUACCUUGGGUUGUCUACUAUUGCAAAUGGUAUGCCAUCGUUGGGGUAAUUUCCAUUCCUGGGCUACCGUACGGUCUCAAAGGCAACAUACCAACCUGGAGAAUUUCAGUGUGCAAAAAACUGAAACACGGGCCUUAUAUUUGACUCUGUAACUUUUGAAAACACCAUAAAACCUGUACACGAGGGGUACUAUAAUACUUGGAAGACUUCGAAGAAAACAAAACAUAUCACAACAAUUAUAUCGUCAGUAUAAGUGCCAUUUGUGUGUAAAAAAUGCAAAAAAAUUCACUUUCACUGACUAUAUCGUCGUUGUAAUAAAGUUUACUGUUUUGAAACACUAAUAUUUUGUGUUCCGCGAAGUCUUCUGAGUAAAACAGUACCCCCCCAUGUACCGGUUUUAUGGUGUCUUGGAAAGUUACAGGAUUAAAUAUAGUGCUAGCAAAUUAAAUUCCCUGAACAUUCGGCCUGGGUUGUCAGGCAGGUCCUGCAAAUUGUAAUUAAUAAAAUGACCUAAUUAUGUAAAAUUAUUACAGAAUAUAUACGUAGAAUUUUAAAUCUAUAUAAAUGUGUGUGUGUGUGUAUAUAUGUAUAAUUUUUUAAAAUUAUUUUUAUUUAUAUAUAGGUGUGUGUGUGUAUAUAUAGAGGAUAUAUAGAUAGAUAUUAUUUCGUUCUACAUGUAUCCACGCUUUAAAGUGGUACUUACGUGAAGAAUAGUCUAAAAAUAUAGUUUAUAAGACAAUAGUAUAGUGAUAAUUGUUUAUUUUGGAAUGUUUAUGUACAUAUGGAUGUGUGUGUGUGUGUAUUUACUAUAUAUAUAUGUGUGUAUAAUUUAAAUAGUUAUGGAGGUGUGUGUGUGUGUGUGUAUAUGUGUAUAUAUGUGUGUGUAUAUAUAUAUAUAUAUAUAUAUAUAUAUAUAUAUAUAUAUAAAUAUGUGUGUGUAUAUAUGUUGCUGAUUUAGAUAUGCUUACACUGAUUCGUAUGGUUAUAAUACAUAUUAUCAGUGAGGAAUUGAUAUGCUUUAUAUAAGAUGUCACUUUAAUGCACUUUUUUUGGAUCUUUAAUCUAUAUUGAAUGUUUAUCACUAUUAGCACUUUAUUGUAUAGGCAUAUGUCACAUUCUUAGUAUCACUAUAUAGUGAGAUCUCUCACUACUCUAUUUCACAGACACAGUUGGUUCUCAGAUGCCUGUCACUUUAUUAUCACAGUCACGGAUUGCACUUAGACACCUAUCACUUUAUUGAUACACUUCUAUUCCGUUCAUGAGAUACUUUAUGGCUGCACAGUUUCAUUUCACACACAAUAAUAGGCACACUACAUAGCUACACAUGCUAUUCUAUAUUUCAUCUUCACGAUCUGUCAUUGUAGCAUGCCCUCGAUUUCACAGAUAUGCUUCACAGUAAGCUGCUUGUUUUUAUUCCCAUAGCGAUGCCAUAGUUACCCGCGUCGCUAUGGGAAUGAGCGCAACGUCAUCACUCUAUGACAUCACUUAGGGGCGGAGCUUGGUUCCACAUGCGUACACGGCAGAACGCCGGUUAGAUGGCAGUUUCACCUGGGGGUAAGUUAACCACUUAACGACGAGUGACGGAUGAGGUCCAUCACUCAGGGGAUUGCUAUAACGACGAGUUACCGACCUUGUCUGUCACCCGUUAAAAUUAGCCCCGGAUCGCCGCUAUCGCGGGGUUAAUGGUGCUCCGGUCUGCCUCUGUAUUAGCCCCUUCCCUGCUUGUCGAUUACUGCCUACUGUGAUCAAAAUACAGAUCACAGUAUUAUACCGUGAUCUAAUUUUUUUUUUUAACCCCUGAGGAUUAACUUUUAUUUAUUUUGUAUCCCUCAGGGGUUCAAUUUAUUUAAUUAAUUUAAAUAUUUUAUUAUUAUAUAUAUUUUAGCUAGCCGGGGUGGGAGUUAUGGGAAAUUUGGGAAUUUACUGUUAGUGCUGCUUACUGCUAGUAAGCUUUAAGAAAGUUUAGGAAAGUUUUAAAAAAACAUUAAUAAGCAAAACAAAAGUUUAAAAACUAGUUUUUCAAAGUAAAAAAGUUUCAAAAAGUAAAAAAAUACAUUUAAAAACGCUCAUUACCACUACUAAGGUUCAAAAUAUGCCUUUUGAAUUAACCAAGGGUGUAUUCUUUAAUAAAUAGUAUGUGUUUGUGGGGAAGUUUCAAUAACUGUCACAGCCCCCGGCUCGCCGCCAUGUGCGUCUGUGCACGACCGCACCAACUCACUGAGCUUACCUGCUCAGCGUCGAGAACCGUUCCUCCACGCCGCUCGGGGAAAUCCAAGAUGGCGCUGACCAUGAGUUCGCGUCCAUCCAUGGCUCCACCCCCCAAAAUUAUAUGAAAGUGCGCGUGACGUCACGACGUCAACGCACGUGCACGUUUUGGGUCAGAGGUCACCCUCUGACCAAUCAGAGCCUAGAGAGGGAUAUUUAAAUCCUUAAUUCACCCCAGUACCUUGCCCUGUCAUGGUUUCCUGUUCCUGGUUCCCUAGAGUACGUUUAUCUUUGUGAAUAUUACUUCCUGGUUUCCUGAUCUUGGCUUUUCCCUGGUCAUUCCAAAUUCUGGUUCCCCUGACUUGGCUUGUUGAAACGUUAUCUGAGUAUUUCUGGCUUCCUUGGCUUUCCCUUUGACCAUUCUCUAGCGUCUUAGUCCGGCGAUUCUAAGGUCCGGUUUACGCUCUGUCCUUUUAUUUCCUUUCCUUUUGUAUGUAUAUGUUUACAUAGUUUCUGUGUGUUGGACCACACUAGCAGCUGUGACAAUAACCAACCGUCUAAACUACUCCAAACUGGAACAUGGACACAGCGUAAAACUUCAAAGUUAGAAAAAAACUGGCUGCGUCUCAAAUGCGCCCCUUCAACAUCCACAUAUACCUGGCAAAAUAUACUGUGCAAACUCACUUUGUGUGUCAAAAAGGCAGAAAAAACACUUAUUACCACUACACUUGGUACAAGCUAGCGGAAAAAUGAUCCCACACUAAGGUUCAAAAUUUACCUUUUGAAAUACCCUGGGGUGUCUACUUUAAGAAAUGGUAGGCAUUUGGUAGGAAAUGGUAGGCAUUUGUGGUGUAGUUUGAAUCUAAACCCUGCUAAGAUGCUUGGAAAUUGCACAUAGGCCCAGCGACAAAAUUCAAAGUUCGGUAAAAACUGAUAUGGCUUGGUCUCCUAUAUGGCACUAUAGCUUCACGAAAUAGUGCCAAAGACAUACAAUGGGGGUGUCUUUUUACUCAGAAGACUUAGCUGAGCAUAAUUUGGGAGGUUUGAACUUAGUGGCACAUGUGAAAUAUACAAAAUGCAAAAAUGCAAUCCAUGUGUACAAAACACACAAAAUUAUUUUUUACCACAUACUUUGGCAUAUAUUAUUAUAAAAAUGGGGGGAUGUUAAGGCACAAUAUGCACCUUUUGAGAUACCCUGGCGUGUCUACUUUUACAAAUGGUAGGCCUUUGUGGGGUUUUUGGAACAGUCAAACUGUUAUAAUACCCCAAAUGGAAGCAUAGGCUCAUCAAAUUAGUCUCUCAAAAUUCUACUGUGAAUACUGAAAAGGACAGGUCUCCUAUAUGGCACUGUAACUUCACGAGAUAGAGCCAAAGACAUACAAUGGGGGUGUCCUUUUACUCAGCAGAUGUAACUGAACACAAAAUAAAACUUUGUACAGGAAUAGCACACACCAACUUUACAAAAUACAAACGAGAAUUUCUUUGUUAUAAGUUUGUGUGCCAAAAACAAACAGAAAAUUUUUUUACUCCAAUAUUUAGCAGAGGUUGGCGGUGAAAUGGCUAUGUAGAAAGUGUCAAAACAACCCUAGGUAUAUAGCCUGUGAUGUCUACUUUAUAUAAAUAUAUACUUUUGUCUGGCAAUUUUGUUUUCUUUUAUGGCUAUUAACCCCUUAAGACCGGAGGGCGUACAAUUACGCUGUAUUUCAGGCGGCUCUAAACGCCGCUGGGCGUAAUUGUACGUCCUCCUGUCUUUCAUUACUUACCCGGUCGCCGGCGGUCCCACGCCUGCGAUCGCGGUGGGGGGACUCCCAGGGAGUCCCCCCGCGGCAGAUCCUCCUCCUCCGGUGCCCCCCGGCCAUGUGAGAGUGAGGUCCUUGCGAG